GGGGGGCGCCCCCACGAAGAGGGCGGCCCCUGCGCGCCCGCUGCCAGCACCGGCCCGCCUGGCGGGCGCCCUCCGCAGGGGCGCCGGGGGGCCAUGCGGCCUGGCGCCCUCUGAGGCCCGCAGCAUGGCCCGCGCGCUGACCUGGCGCUGCUGCCCCUGGUGCCUGACCGAGGACGAGAAGGCGGCGGCCCGGAUCGACCAGGAGAUCAACAGGAUCCUCUUGGAGCAGAAGAAGCGGGACCGCGGGGAGCUCAAGCUGCUGCUGCUGGGCCCCGGGGAGAGCGGGAAGAGCACGUUCAUCAAACAGAUGCGGAUCAUUCACGGGGCAGGCUACUCGGAGGAGGACCGCAAGGGCUUCCGACCCCUGGUCUAUCAAAACAUCUUCGUGUGCAUGCGAGCCUUGAUUGAGGCCAUGGACCGGCUGCAGAUCCCCUUCGGCAGGCCCGAGAGCAAGCACCACGCCAGCCUGGUCAUGAGCCAGGACCCCUACAAAGUGACCACUUUCGAGAAGCGCUACGCCGUGGCCAUGCAGUGGCUGUGGAGGGACGCCGGCAUCCGGGCCUGCUACGAGCGCCGGCGGGAGUUCCACCUGCUGGACUCGGCGGUCUACUAUCUGUCCCACCUGGAGCGUAUCACCGAGGAGGGAUAUGUCCCCACGGCACAGGAUGUGCUCCGCAGCCGCAUGCCCACCACCGGCAUCAAUGAAUACUGCUUCUCCGUGCAGAAAACCAACCUGCGGAUUGUGGAUGUCGGGGGCCAGAAGUCAGAGCGCAAGAAGUGGAUCCAUUGCUUCGAAAACGUGAUUGCCCUCAUCUACCUGGCCUCGCUGAGCGAAUAUGACCAGUGUCUGGAGGAAAACAACAAGGAGAACCGAAUGAAGGAAAGCCUGGCUCUGUUUGGCACCAUCCUGGAACUUCCCUGGUUCAAAAGCACGUCUGUCAUCCUCUUCCUCAACAAAACCGACAUCCUGGAAGAGAAGAUCUCCACCUCCCACCUGGCUACCUACUUCCCCAGUUUCCAGGGCCCCAGGCAGGACGCCGAGGCAGCCAAGAGGUUCGUCCUGGACAUGUACACGCGCAUGUACGCUGGCGGCGCGGACGGCGCGGACGGGGGCAGGAAGGUCCCGCGCUCCCGGCGCCUCUUCAGCCACUACACGUGCGCCACGGACACGCAGAACAUCCGCAAGGUCUUCAAGGACGUGCGGGACUCGGUGCUGGCCCGCUAUCUGGACGAGAUCAACCUGCUGUAACCUGGGCCCGCCGCCCCGGGCGCGGACCCACGCGCGGCCUCGCGGCGCCCCAGCUCCAGGCCCAGCUGACGAGUCGGGGCUUGGGGGGCCGGUCGGCGCGCCCCCCCUUCCAUGCCGCUCUGCUCUUCUCCAGGACAGACCCUGGGUUUGCCUUCCGUGACUCAGUUUACCCCCUCGGAAACAGAGCGCAGUGGCCAGUGGGGAUGGAGGGGGGAGGGAAGGGCCCGGGUGGGCGGGGUGCGUGGGACCCUCUCGGGAGCCGCACGCCUGACCACGGCCCCCCCUGGACAAGGGCCCGGGAGCCCCUGGGAGCGAGGCGCCAGCCCCGGGAGGAGGGCAGUGGUCCUCCAGGCUGAGGGUCGGGCUCUGGCGCCCCCUGGCGGGCAGAAGGCGGCAUCUCCCAGCCUGCGGUCUGGGCCGCCCAGGGACCCACCUUUCCUUGGAGGAGAGACCCCUGGAAAAGGCUGUCCCCUUUCAGAGUCUUGCGGCUCCAAGUGUGUCCUGCUCCGGUUUGCAGACGAGGGGAGCGGAGGCCCGCGGACAUCCCCUCUUCUUCCCCGGCUGGGGGCCGAGGCAUCUUCACAACCUUCUGUAUUUAUUCCUUCACCUUCUGUGGGGCCCCUUGGGGGGGGGGGCUGGCAAUUAAAGAAAUGACAUUCUGGAGACCUA